CUAUCACAAAGCCAACAGCAGUGUGUGCUCUGAACGCAUUGCUAAAGCCAAGGACUAUCCAAAAAUAUCAAACCAAUUAAAUCGGCUAACGGCUCCUCUCCCCGUCCCAAGUCAACCAAUAUUAAAAUGUGCGCGAAAUUCGUUUGUGUUGUGCUCGUGGCCAGCUUUGUGUGCGGCGCUCUGGCUCUGCCCUCGCAGGACAGCAGCGAAAAGGACUUAGUGAAUUUGCUCAAUAAGCUGGAUAACGAGGAUUCGAUUCCAUUGUUUGGCGGCCUGCGCAUCGAUCGCACCGAAACCGGUCGCAGCUUCGGCUCCGCCAAAGGUCUCGAAUCGUUCGAGGAUCGUGCCGAACGCUAUCUGGAAACGCACGAGCUGAAUCUCUCGUUCUCCGGCGAUGAGCAGGAUGAGAAUGCCGAGAAUGCAUACAGCGGACGUGCCAUGGAGGAGUCGCGCAGCAAGCGCAUGAAGAAGAUGCUGCUGCCCCUGCUCUUGAUCUUGAAGCUGAAGAAGGCGGUCGUCGUCAAGGUCCUGUUCACCAUCAUCAAGUUCAUCUCUCUGAAGGCUCUGGCCAUCUCCUUCCUUGCCCUCAUCCUGGCUGGUGCCACCUUCUUCAAGGACUUGUUGGCCAAGAAGAAGGACCACAUCACCACUGCCUACAUCACUGGCAGCCCAUUGAACGCCGAGAUUGUGCACUCCGACUGGAACCGCAACGGUCAGGCCAGCGCUGCCGACUUGGCCUACAACCAUUAUGGCCUGGCUCAGCCCUUCUAAGCAUUUCUCCACAAUCCAAUCCACCAAAUCAUCCAAGAACUUUCCAUUCAAAUAUCUUCCGCUCUAUACGCUGUCCCCUCCCCUUGCUGUCCCUUUCCCUCUUUGCCCUUCCCCUCUCUAAAGACUUAGACCUCCCACAUGGCUAAACUUGUUGUAGUGUUGUAGUCAAUAAUUAUUUAGUUUAACUUAGUUAGUUAGCUGCGACAUACCAAAAACAAAACAAACAAAAAAAACAAAAAAAAAAACAGAAAGAAAAAAGAAAAAGUAGAAAAGAAAAGAAGAGGAGAUAAAUCAACGGUGACAACCGAACAUCAAAUACGACUUCGCUAGCUCAGGAUAACGCACACGGACUACAUAUACUAAAUGCUUGCGCCAUAUUUAUUGCACAAUCAAACAUGCUCUUCAAGCAGACAUGCAGCUCAGGUUCACAAAGCAAAACAAAGCAAAAAAAAAAAAAAAUAAAAAAUAAAAAAACGAACAAUAAUGAAAAGAAAACGAAAUGUAAGCAGGAAUACUUAAAUGUCUGCUAAAGAGCUUACUUAUUAAGUAUUUAUUUU